UCGAACUUUGAUCCCUCGAAGUCAAACUGCAGUCCCGUAAAGGCCGUUAUUCAUAAUCUAUAUUUUUUUACUCUCGAUACCUCGAAGUCGCCUUGUAUCUCCAAGCGCCAUACCUAAUUUACACCUACUUGGUCAUUUAAAUGGCUCAAGGCGUUAGAAGCGGGACCCGUGUCACGGUUUGUUUAUUCAGGCGACACUUGUCCUGCAAGGUGAUAUUUGUUUGGUGAUUGACCAUACCGAUACUUACAUGUAGUCUAUAAUUAACACGAACCGUUUUACGAUAAUUUGGAGAUGCAAUGAAAAUGAAAAAUUGAUUGAGAAGAAACAAUAAUAUUGAGCCAUGGUCAAAUUUUUGAAUUAUAAAACUGUAAAAAUUAUGCAUAUCAGCAUCGUUGUCAUUAUAAUGAUUAUUGCUAAACAAGUUCUUACAGCUGGUGAAGGACCCUUACGGUGGGAACAAUGCGUGAUACUCAGUUAUCACAUUUAUGACAUGUCGAUCGCCUCGCAGUACAGUAGUUCUGAGCAAUCCGGUCUUAAUAUGAUGCAUAAAAUAAAUAAUAAUUAUGAAUUUAAUUUUUUCAAUAGUUGUUUGUAUUUAGUUUUAAAAACAUCCAGUUCUGUAUAUUUUACUGAAAAGAAAAGGUACUUGUUAAAGCACGUGCGUAAGGUUAUCACUAAAUCAAUGGCUAAUUAAUCAUAACAUCCGGUAAGACUAAUUUUAAAACCCGGAAAAUUAAAACCAAACAAGGGAUUUAAAAUGAAUUUCUCCCAUGUGAUCUAUGGAUGUGUCAAUUACUGUAUUGUGUAAGUACAGUUUUUCCAUUUUUCUUUUUUUUGUACGUGUACAUGUACUGUAAAAAUGUAUUUCAGGUGCAGAUAAGCUUGAAUAAAGAAGCAGUAAACCCAAUGAAGGCGAAGAGAAUAAGGCCAGAUGAGGAUGCUAAAUUUUGGUGUCAAGCAGGUUUAGACAAGGAUGGAUUUGAAAAACGAUUCAUUAAUAACACUAUAGGAUUCGGUGUAUUUACAACAGCAUUUUUCCAAAAGGGGGCCUUUCUUUUAGAGUAUGUUGGCAAUCGAAUAAGUGAAAAAGAGGCAGAAAUUCGAGAGAGAAAACGCAGGAAGAAAAAACACAGUUACAUGUUUCAUUUCAAAUGGAAUGGGAAACAUGUUGUUGAUGCUACAGAUGUACCAGAAAGAAUGUGCCGUUAUGUCAAUGAUGACAAGAAGGCAAAUGCAACAAUGAAAUUGAAAGUUUUCAAUAAUUAUCCAAGGCUGUGUUUGUUUGCUCUACAAGAUAUACAUAUUGGAGAAGAAAUACGUUAUGAUUAUGGUGAUGAGAAUGUUCCUUGGAGGCAACACUUUCAUAAAACUAAGAUGGAGAUGAAGACAAUUGAAGUUACAGAUGAUGAUGAUGAUGACCCCUUUGAUCUCAAAAAGCCAAGGUUUUCAGAGAAAAAGGAACAAUGCCAAAGCAAGGCAAAGGUCGAUUGCAUGCUGGAAAUGAUAGACUUAGUGAUGAUGAUGACAUAGAUGAGGAUGCUCUUUCUGGAACAAUGUUAAAGCAAGGCAAAGGUCGAUUGCAUGCUGGAAAUGAUAGACUUAGUGAUGAGGAUGCUCUUUCUGGAACAAUGCCAAAGCAAGGCAAAGGUCGAUUGCAUGCUGGAAAUGAUAGACUUAGUGAUGAUGAUGACAUAGAUGAGGAUGCUCUUUCUGGUGAGGAUAAAUAUUGAUUAUAAUUUACAUGUAUUUACUCAACUCUCUCUCUCUCUCUCUCUCUCUCUCUCUCUCUCUCUCUCUCUCUCUCUCUCUCUCUCAUAUCAGUUUUGCACACAUUUAGUGACAUUCAGGUUGAAAGUGUUUAAAGAUUGAGUUAAACUAAAGAACAUUGAUUUUUAUUUUUCUCUUUCCCCGUUUCUCACUCUAUUCAAUGUUCUCCC